AAAUACUCACAAAUCACGUACAAGCGUAACAGACCAUACCAUACAAACAUCCCAUUAAUGGCAGCUUCAACACUGUGUUUGGCUCUUCUCGUUCCUCUCAUCUUCUUCCAUAGUUUUCAUCAUCUUCUUCCAUAGUUUUCAUGCUUCAUUCCUUCUCUCUCUCCAUAGAGAACUUCAAAGAAGAAGUCAUAGUGUCAUCACCCAAACCAACAUUCACAGCAGGCUUUUACGCCGUCGGACAAAACGCUUUCUGCUUCGCAGUAUGGUACACCCACUCACCCGACACCCUUGUUUGGAUCGCCAACCGGGACCAACCGGUUAACGGAAAACGCUCCACGCUCUCCCUUCUCAAAUCCGGUAACCUCGUACUCACCGACGCCGGUCACUUGCAAGUGUGGUCCACCGGCACCGCCACCUCAUCCAGACAAGUCCGCUUACAUUUGUACGACACCGGCAACCUCGUACUCCUCGAAGAUUCCUCCGACAGCGCUGUUUUGUGGCAGAGCUUCGAUUUCCCGACCAACACACUUCUUCCAAACCAGCCUCUGAGUGGGAGCACCAACCUCGUUUCCUCGAGAAGCCGGAGCAACCACUCCUCCGGUUUCUACAGGCUCUUCUUCGACUUCGAGAAUGUUCUGCGGCUCAUGUACCAGGGCCCUCGAGUUUCUAGCGUUUUCUGGCCCUACGCUUGGCUUCAGAGCAACAACUUCGGUAAUGGCAACGGCAGAUCCACUUUCAACGAUAGCAGGAUUGCUGUGCUUGAUGAGUUGGGUGGCGUGCUUUCUUCCGACAACUACACUUACAGAACGAUCGAUUAGAAGACCUAAUUUCGUCAUCUCCACCAUCUUUCUAGUUUUUCACCAUCUCUUCUUCUAUUCAUGUUAUUUCUAUAUUCCAUAAAGUGUAAGCCUCUAGAGUUGAUUUUGCU